AUUCAAAUAACUGAGAUUCCUCUUCUUCAUCCUCUAUUUUUUCUUUUUAGGGUUCUUUUUUCUUGUUCUGCUUCGUUCUUUUUCCACUUUCUUGAAACUCCCAAAAUUGUGUUUUCAUUUCAUUUUUAGAGAGAGAGAGAGAGAAACAAGAAAGUAGCUUAACGACAGUUUAAGCUUUAAAGCACUGCCAAAGCUCCGGUUUUUCAUGGUUUCUUUUACUGAAAAAAAAAACACAUGUUUUGAUUUUAUAUUUCACAGUUCUCCUCUAAAACCUACCUUCCCAAGCAAAGCUGUAAAUUUUUCUGGGUUUCAUUUGAUCUGAGGGAAUAAUGACGCCUGCAAAACGGAGUACAGAAGAAGCCAUGGUUUCCAGCUUCAAUCAAACGAUCGAACCAGAAGAAUACAGAGAACAAGAACAGGGAGGAGAGGAAGAUGAACCGUUUGGUGGAUUCAAGAGCUUUCUCUGGCAUGGUGGCUCUGUUUAUGAUGCUUGGUUCAGUUGCGCUUCGAAUCAGGUGGCUCAAGUUCUAUUGACUCUGCCAUACUCUUUCUCUCAAUUGGGGAUGGUGUCGGGGAUUAUUUUACAGAUUUUCUACGGAAUUGUUGGGAGUUGGACGGCGUAUUUGAUUAGUGUUUUGUAUAUUGAGUAUAGAGGGAGGAAGGAGAAGGAGAAUGUUAGCUUCAAAAACCAUGUGAUCCAGUGGUUUGAAGUGCUUGAUGGUCUUCUUGGACCUUACUGGAAAGCAGUUGGAUUGGCUUUUAACUGUACUUUUCUUCUCUUUGGCACUGUCAUUCAACUUAUUGCUUGUGCAAGUAAUAUAUAUUACAUAAAUGACAAAUUAGACAAGAGGACAUGGACUUACAUAUUUGGAGCUUGUUGUGCCACUACUGUCUUCAUACCCUCUUUUCACAACUAUAGAAUCUGGUCAUUUCUAGGCCUGGGAAUGACCACUUACACUGCCUGGUAUUUGACUGUAGCUGCUCUCGCUCAUGGUCAGGUCGAGGGUGUGAAGCAUUCAGCCCCAACCGAGUUGGUUCUAUAUUUCACCGGUGCCACGAACAUCCUUUACACAUUCGGUGGCCAUGCCGUCACCGUAGAAAUUAUGCAUGCAAUGUGGAAGCCUCAAAAGUUUAAGUACAUAUAUUUAGUUGCAACUCUAUAUGUAUUUACACUGACUCUCCCGUCGGCGGCCGCCGUGUAUUGGGCUUUUGGCGACCAACUUCUCACCCAUUCCAACGCCUUCUCCCUCCUCCCCCGCUCUCGGUGGCGCGACGCCGGCGUCAUUCUCAUGCUUAUUCACCAGUUCAUAACAUUUGGUUUUGCUUGUACACCACUCUACUUUGUCUGGGAGAAAGUAAUAGGAAUGCACGAGACUAAAAGCUUAUUUUUAAGGGCAAUAGUGAGGCUUCCCGUUGUUAUUCCCAUCUGGUUUUUAGCCAUUAUUUUCCCUUUCUUUGGCCCUAUCAACUCAGCCGUUGGUGCCCUUCUUGUUAGCUUCACUGUUUAUAUCAUCCCUUCCCUAGCUCAUAUGCUCACUUAUCGAUCUUCCUCCGCCCGACACAACGCAUCAGAGAAACCUCCUGCCAUCGUUGCCCGUAGCUGGACCAUCAUGUAUGUCAUCAACACAUUCAUAGUCGUUUGGGUUCUGGUAGUUGGUUUCGGCUUCGGUGGUUGGGCUAGCAUGGCUAAUUUCAUCAAACAAGUUGACACGUUUGGACUCUUUGCCAAGUGCUACCAAUGCCCUUCUAAGGCCCCACCAACGCCCGCCGCGGCAGCUCCUCAUUGAUGAUGAAGUGUUUGAUGUUUUUUCUUAACUAUAAUCUUUUUUUAUAUGCCAUAUUAUGCUUAUGCUUCAUCAAUAUAAACAAGCUCAAUAUUGUAGGGUUUUAUAUAUACAUAUUUGUAACAUAUCGUUGAAAUUUUCUAUCUUCUGGUUUGUGUACGUUGUGAUCAUUGUGUGUAUUGUUAGAAGAAUAAUGAACCUAACAAUUUACAAUAGUUAUUUGAGAAAAAAAUGUUACUUUUACCGUUGUUUA